CAGCGACUCGCCCUGUAGGUCCUCCAUCUUGAGAACCGCUUGCUUGUCUUCCCAGGUGUGAAAAACAUAUUAGCGUGAAGGGCUGGAAAGCCACCCAAAGGGUGAAUCAUGCAUAAGAACAGCCUAACUGAGUCUAGGAGCAAGACGGCAGGAAAGUCAGAUGAGCACCCCAAUCUGUGGAUAGAGCGCUUCUUCAGCCGGAGAUGCUGCAUCACCUUCCUGACUGGCUGCUACAGCUGCCACUGGCAGUACACAGAGUGGGAGAGAACUGAACUUGGAUCCUGUUGCUGCUCCUGGAAAGAGCAGUUUUUUUAUGUGUGCCUGGUAGUUGCGUUCGUCCUGUCCGUGAUUUUUCUGUUCGUGUGGGCUGAGACCUCUAACGAGUACAACGGCUUUGACUGGGUUGUUUAUCUAGGGACAAAACGCUGGUUCUUGUGGUCCAUUUUUAUGUUGAGUACAGCCGGGCUCAUGACCGCCUACACGUCCUUGCUUUUGUUACUCAGCUUUUUUUUACUCUGGGAAAGGAUUGAGUUACAUCUGCAUACAUGUCAUAAGGUCUGCAUUUUCCUGGUGAUCCUGCUGUGCUCCUUCUUGCUCUGUGUUCUGAACCGAUACUGGAAGGACAAGUGGCUGAUAGCCGGGCUGUCACUGCAGAUCUUUGCUCCCUUUCUGCACCUGAGCCUCAUAACUGUGAUGAUUCUCCUUUCCUGGCCCCUAGCCAUUGGUGUGGCCCACUUGGAAUCAGAAGUUAGAGUAAGAAGAUACAGAAUGGCAGAUUACGAGCACGAAGUCCUGGAGACAUGUAAUAUAUUCACAAGGUUAAAAGCUCUCCAGAUCGCUGCGGGACUCCCCUUCCUUGUCCUUCUUCUGUGUCUGUAUUUGAUGCCGCUGGGGGUUUAUUCUCCCUGCAUUCUGAAGAAGGAGAACUUAGGGCCUAAGCCUACAUUCUUUGGACACAGAGGCGCACCCAUGCUGGCACCAGAGAAUACCAUGAUGUCCUUUGAGAAGGCCGUGGAACAUGGCGCCUCCGGCCUGGAGACUGAUGUGUACUUAAGCUAUGACGGGGUGCCUUUCCUCAUGCACGACUAUGACCUGAGUAGAACAACCAACAUCAGAGAGGUCCUGCCCUCGGCCGCUUUCAACCACACUGCCAUCUUCAACUGGACUUUCCUGUCCACUCUGAAUGCCGGCCAGUGGUUUGUAAAGCAUAAGCCGUUUUUUGACAUGAAACCAUUAUCAGAGGCUGAUAAAAGAAGAGCAAGCAACCAAUCAAUUCCAUCGCUGGCUGAGUUAUUGGAACUUGCAAAAAAUGAAAAAAAGUUUGUAAUAUUUGAUCUUUUCGGCCCUCCACCAAAGCAUCCUUUCAGAAACACAUUUGUUCGAAGAGUAGUCAAGGUCAUCCUUGACUCCAACAUCGAGCAACGUCUGAUACUUUGGUUGCCAGGUUAUGACAGAGACUAUGUCAGGUUCAAGGCUCCUGGUUUCCAGCACGUGGGCCGUUUAAGAACCCUCAAUGAGCUUGCUAAAGAGAAUAUGACGAUAAUAAAUGUUGACUAUAAGAGGCUGUUCUACAAGGGGAUGAGACAGUAUCAGGCAGCUAAAAUCCACAUCAAUAUGUACGUUGUCAACGAGCCUUGGCUCUUCUCAUUGGCCUGGUGCCGCCGGAUCAACUCUGUGACCACAGACAACAUCCAGGUCCUGAACCAGCUCACUCACCCUCUCUUCUUCAUGACACCAGGAUACUAUACGUUCAUAUGGCUUUUCAUGGUCAUUGCUUCUGCAAUUAUCAUUGGCACUGUAUUUUAUUAUCACUGCAUGAAAGAGCUUAAGAAAGAGAGGUGGCUCGAAGACGCUACCAGUGCAUCUGCAGGUUUAUUUCAUAUGGAGGACAUAACAGAAGGUACUGCCCUUGAAACAGAGGUCUCACACCAGAAGCCAGAUGCAUCACUCACUCCUGCCAGCGUAGCCCCUAAAGCUAAGGAAGGCCACAAGGAAGCAAGACAAACACCAGAAAAGUCAUAGGAAAACUCUGGCCACCUUCCAACCAUCAUGGAUCAAAAAACAAACAAAGCUGAGAUAUUCAAACAGUCUACUUCACAGCAGUCUGCAAAGGCCAGACCUCUUCCUCCAACGAGAGCACUGACCCCUUAGGACUCGCCAAGAAGACGUUAGGGUCACACCACCAGUAACCCCUAAGGGAAUACCGUAUUUCAAGGGCCCCCCAAAGAGGACACUGCUCUAUCAGGGCUCCCCAAAAGAACCAUGAACCACAAAGUCCCCUAAAAGGGAUGUGAAAUCACUAAUACUCCCCACAAAAGGACCAGUGUCUCUAGAGGGCUUUAAAACCUCCCAGCUCCCAUCUAGGGGUCACUACGCAGACUGCACUGAACCACAAGGUGGCCUCCGUCCAGCUAACGCCUCCUCUCGGGAGUCUGUUUAUAUGGUGUGUUCCUCCUCUAUCAUGACUUCUUUCUCCCCCUGGAGAAAAUUUAACCUCACCUUGCCCUCUUCUUCCCUUUCUGUCUGUGUCUGAGUGUGGGGAUGGUAGGGUGUGGUAGAGAAGGCUCAUGCAGGGGCAUUGAGGUUCUCAGGAGCAGCGCUCUGGCCCAGACUCUGUAGGGAGUGCACCUCAGGAGACAGGCCGGGUCAGACAGUCAUGCAUGGUCACGGACCCGGGCGGCUGCUCUCUGGGUUCACAGGACUGUCUCAUCUUAUAUUUCUGUUGUGUUACCUGCUGAGGAGUGCCUGACUGCUCACGUCAGCUUGUAAUAAAGGUACCUCUCAUGAAGCCAGUGUGUUGUGUGCCCGCCUCUGUGGUCACCCAGGCUCA